AUGGUCGACAUUACCGUCAACGGCCAGUCGAACCCGGCUGUGAUCCGGUUCGGACUCCCUCCUGCUUCUCUUCUACAGUUCCCUCCCAGUGAACUCCCAGCGACACUGCCUGCGCCCAUCACCUCAGAGCCUACCUGGUAUCAGCCCUUCAACAUCUCUCCCGAUCUAUACAAUCAACUGCUGGACGUGCGCGUUCCCAUCACGAUCGCCAGUGUCUACGCCGUCACCGUCAUCGUGCUCAACCGCGUCAACAAGAGUCGCGGCUACAAGCCUUGGGGUUUCAGCCAAACGAAGCUCUUCAAGCUCUUUGUGAUCCUUCACAAUGUCUUCCUGGCCAUCUAUUCUGCAUGGACCUUCGCCGGCAUGAUCCGCGCUUUCCGCAACUCUUGGCCCAGUCAAAAUGAUCCCAACUACGUCGCAGCUGUCGCAGAUACUCUGUGCAAGGUCAAUGGCCCGCGCGGUUACGGGAAUGCCGCCGUCUAUGACCCUGCUGCCGAGCAGUGGACCAUUCGCAACCCGGAAUACAAGUUGGCUGAGACAGGCUUGCCUGACUUCACGGAUGUUGGUCGCCUGUGGAAUGAGGGAUUGGCUUUCCUGGGCUGGAUUUUCUACUUGUCCAAGUUCUACGAGGUCUUGGACACGGUGAUCAUCCUCGCCAAGGGCAAGAAGAGCUCUACUCUGCAGACCUACCACCACGCUGGUGCCAUGAUGUGCAUGUGGGCUGGUAUUCGCUAUGUUGCGGCUCCUAUCUGGAUCUUCACCUUGGUCAACUCUGGUAUUCACGCUCUGAUGUACACUUACUAUACCAUCACUGCUCUGCGCAUCCGCGUCCCGACCGUCAUCAAGAGAUCCUUGACUACCAUGCAGAUCACUCAAUUCGUCAUUGGUUCUGCCAUGGCUGCUUCUUACCUCUUUAUCAGCUACACGCUUCCGUCCAGCCAGGCUGCUGCCCAAGCUCCCGUUUCGACUGCUCAGGUUGUGGCUGCUGAAGCUGCGGAGGAGGGGUUGGUGCCUUGGAUCAAGAAGCUUGCCUUCCGGGCUGCAGGUGCGGAAGGCCCUGCCGAGAACGUGGGAGUUCCCGAGAGCCCUGCUGCUGUUGUGCAACCCCACCGUGUUGGCCCCAUGGUCACUUGCAUGGACACUACCGGGCAGGCUUUUGCGAUCUGGCUGAACGUCGUGUACCUUCUUCCCUUGACCUACCUCUUCGCUCGCUUUUUCGUCCGCUCUUAUCUGUAUCGCAAGGAUCCAGGCGCUCGCCAGCCCAGCAACCUUCAGGCCGCGGAGAAGGCUGGCUUGGAUGCCCUGAAGGGUGUCAGCCGCGAGAUCCGCAAGGCGGUUGAGGUGAACGGUGAGACCAGCGAGAGCACUGAGGAUGAGGCCCUCAACCGUGUCCAGGCGCUCCGGUCGCAGAACAAGUCUCAGCAGAAGCCGACUAUCGAAAACUCGCCCAUCCGCACCCGCGCAACCACUGCCAAGCAGAAGGCCCGUUCUGUCUCUAGCGAUGCAGACUCUGACCAGGGCUUUUCGACUGUUUCGUCCAAGAAGGGUGCCAAGAAGACCACCAAGGAGGAACUGCAGGGUCCCCCUGUCGUUGUCGAAGCCAAAGACUCCAAUCCAUUCGAGGUUCUGGAUCGGUCUGCCUAA